AUGAGAGUAUGACGAGGUUAUCCUCGGUGAUUAUUUUGGUGCUGAUUGAUAAACCAUUCAUUACUCUUCUCAAUACUCUUCUCCAGGCUGUCGUUGAACUCUCUCCCCACUCCAAAAUACUCAAACAACGUACAAGAUGGAAUACGUCAGACUUGGCAACAGCGGCCUCAAGGUCUCAAAAAUAAUCUUGGGAUGCAUGACCUUUGGCUCCUCCAAAUGGGAGACCUCACCGUGGACUCUUGACGAAGAGGAUGGCCUCGAGCUCCUCAAGACGGCCUACGACAACGGCAUCAACACCUGGGACACGGCUGACACUUAUUCAAACGGAAAGUCCGAGGUCAUUAUCGGCAAGGCACUCAAGAAGUUCAACAUCCCGAGGCAAAAGGUGGUCAUUCUGUCAAAGAUCUUUAACCCCGUCAUGGACGACGACUCGAGACCUCCGAGUGUAAAUGAUGGCCCGAUGGUCAACCAGAUGGGACUAAGCAGGAAGCAUGUAUUCCAUGCCGUUGACAAGUGUCUAGAGCGAUUGGGUACGGAUUAUAUUGAUGUCCUCCAAAUCCACCGUCUUGACCGUGAGACACCACCUGAAGAGAUUAUGCGCGCCCUCCACGACGUUGUGCAAUCAGGAAAAGUCCGUUACAUCGGCGCCUCGUCCAUGUAUACAUGGGAAUUCGCUCGCCUGCAGUACAUUGCGCGAUCCAACGGCUGGACCGAGUUCAUCUCGAUGCAACCCUUCUACAACCUGCUCUACCGCGAAGAGGAGCGCGAAAUGCUGCCCUUUUGCCGAGAAACCGGCGUCGGCGUCAUCCCUUGGAGCCCCAUUGCGCGUGGUCUCCUUGCCAAGCCGUUGCCAAAGGAAAACGAGGAGGGGACAUCACUACGGAGCCGCAUGGAUAAGAAGAAGGAUGCGUGGUUCGCUGACGCCAACUUGGAUAUUGUCAACCGGGUAGAGGAGAUUUCUGCCAAGAAGGGCGUGAGUAUGGCGCUCGUAUCAACGGCGUGGGUGCUUCAACAGGGGUGCUACCCGAUUCUAGGGUUGAGCUCGCCGAAGCGCAUUCUUGAAGCAGUCGAUGCGCUGAAAGUAACCCUCACAAAGGAGGAGUGCGAGUAUUUGGAAAGCGGGUACAAGCCGAGAGCGAUUCAGGGAAUGUGAGAUGGGACAGAAAUUAUAUAGAUAUAAUGCUAGGG